CCGGAGGUUGAGCGGACGAGUUUUUUCUGCCGCGACUUUCACUUUUCGCCCAAUUUGCAUUGAUUCUCAGGUCCUUUUAGCUGGAAUGUAACGUCCCAAGAUGUUUGACACUAAUUUUGGUGUUAUUGGUAUCAUUUUGGUUUUAUUAUUAUUAUUAUUAUUAUUAUUAUUACUGUGGAUGCUGCGAGUAUGGCUAAGAAAUCGCCGUGCCGCUGGGAAGCCAAGCCGAAAUUCCUUAAGCACAAUUGUUGAACAAGGUUUAAGUAACCCACAAAUACCCGCGAAUUUAGGAUAUUUGGAAGGACAAGAAAAAGCAGACCAGAAUUAUACCACUUGGUGAGCCAAGCCAAAAUCCCUUGAGCACAAAUGAAGCCGCUGGGGAGCCGAGCCAAAAUUCCUUGAGCACAAUUGUUGAACAAGGUUUUCAACUAGGUUAUCCACAAGGAACCGCGGAAUUGGGACAUUUUGAAGGAAUGGAAAUGCAGACAACGUUUUUGUGCUCGUCGUGCACUACGACUUCAAAAAUGGGAAAGAUAACUGGCCACGACCUGGUGACGAGCAGGACGUUAAAAAUUUGAGGAAAACUUUUGAGCAAAACAGAAACUGCGCAUUCCGCGAAUGUUCGCCAAAAAAGAAGGAUCUUCUUGCUUUACUUCAAGAUGAACAAAAACUGAAGACAUUCUUUGGAGCCUCUGAAGAGCCAGAUGUUUUCUUGAUGAUCGUUUUGUCCCACGGAAAUGCGGACGGAGUGAUUUACACCGACUUUCAUCGCAGCUCUGAUCCGGACGAAUACGAAACGUUCACGACAAAUGAACUCUUCAAAUCAAUUGAGAAUACUUUUCCAAAAAGCUUGAAAAACGUUUUCCUCGGGCCGUGCAGAGGUGGCCUAGAGGACCGUCUCUUUAAUCCGGAUAAAAAAAACGCAAACCAACAAAAUAAUCUGACGAAUAAUCAAAACUCGAGCAGAGUUUCCUUCGAACCGAACAUGCGCAACCUGAUCAUCUUCUAUUCAACCGUUGAAACGACAAUGUCAAACAGGAGUGUAUGUAGCGGAACUUGGCUUGUCACAGCUUUGUGCAACGAGUUAAAUAGGAUGAAGCAAAAUGAGGAACUUUCAAUAUUUUUGACCGGCAUCCAGUACAGAAUUCACUUUGAUUCGAUGGCGAUAGAUGACAAAAGACAGACGCCGGAAUUCAAAUUCUUUUCCUGUGACAGGAAAUUCAUUUUCAAUCGUCUCGACUUGACAAUAGCAAGUGUUUCUGGUUCUUCAGAUAGAAUUGAAAAUGACGCCAUAGGCACACCAGGAAUCCCAGAAGAGGAAAAGCCGCGGUCGAUUCACUUUCCUUGGUUUAAUCCAAAUUCAAAAAAGGUCCUCAGAGGCAGACGCGCAGUAAUUUUCCACCAAGGGGAAGAAAAUAAAGUAACUAGAGAACUGGACGCUGCUCUGACUGGAAAUCUUGGUUUUGAAACUAUCAAUGUAAAAAUCGACGCAGCAGGACUGAAAUACUACUUCAAUGAAUCAGAUAAAUCUUGGACUGAAUACGGGUGUUUCGCUGCCUUCUUUUUUGCCGAGGUUGACGAACAAGACGAUGGACAAGUUUGCAUUCGCCUCAAUAAAAACGAGAAAUAUCCAAUCGGCCAAUUGAUCCACAGAUUGCUUGGGCCAAAAAACGGAGAUUGGAUCGGAAAACCUAAACUGUUUUUCCUCAUUGAUUCCAAAUCCGAGGACAAAGACAGCGCAGGAUCGGCAAACACAUUUAAUCCAGAUGAUUUCUUGCGAGCAACCAAUCACUACGGAUGGCUCGCGUUCAUCCUUCGAAAUCCGGCUUUAUUGCAAAACUUCCUAAAGAUUUUCGAGAGCAAGGAAAUAAAAGGUGAGAAGAGUCUUCAAGAAAGCUUGGCCGACUUACAAAUGGAGAAUAAAAAGAAUGAGGCGAUGAUGGUAUCAACUUUGCCUCAACUCUUAUUUUUCCAACAACUGCAGAGACAUUUUAUUAAGCCAAAAUUCAGUAUCGAAGGAAACGGGUUCGAAUCAGGGCAAGAAGUGAAGUGGGAAAUUUUAUUGGAAUCCAAUGACAUUAGAGAAAAUGGGAUUUGGCUUUUGUCUUCGCUUCCAGGAUCGGGAAAGUCGACAGUGAUGCGCGAGAUGUCUUAUGAACUGCAAAGAAAUUUUAAAGAUGAAAUCAAAGUCGUGCGUCUUUAUAUCUCUUCAAGACACCUGCAGCCUUUUUCGCACGGAAAGAGAGGAAAGCAAAAACCUCCCAUCCCUUGCUUCGAUUGUUUCCCAAGCGAGCGGAACCCGAGAGAAAGAAAUUGAAAAUCUCAUCAAAAACAAGAGCAUGUACUUGAUGUUCGACGGAUUCGACGAAAUUUGCACUUUUUACCCAGAGGAAGUCCUUGAAGUGUUUGCCGAAGCGACGAGAAAAAAAGUGCCAAUAUGGAUUUCGACACGACCGCACGAGGAAGACAAGAUUCGUGAAAAGCUCGGAAAAGAAAACCAAGUUUGCAAGGUUGAAAUUAUGCCUUUAGACAAUGAGCAGAUAAUCGAAUAUUGGAUGAUGCUUUCAAACAAAUCUAAUGACGAGUGCACGAGUCAGAUCAAAUUAUAUAGACAAAUAGGCUCGGAAGAUAUUCUGGGAAACCCACUUCACCUGAAAAUGAUCGCUGAACUCAGUGAUUCAGAUUACAAAGACCUGUACGAAAUCUAUGAAAAGAUUGUAGACAAAAAAUUACAAUUUUCACUCAGCAGCGAUUUUGCAGGUGAAUAUUUGAAAACGAAACUCCCUUCUUGUAAAAAAGAAAUACAAAUUGCUGCAGUCG